AUGCACCGGGCACAGCACCUCACGGCUCAGGCGGUGGAAUUCAUCGAGGAAGUGGCUUCAGCCGACUUGGCGGACGCUGUCGGUGACCUUUGCACACAGCACCUGCUUGCAAAGGUGAAUGCUGUCUAUGGAGCUUUGGGCGGUGCCAACAGCGAGGCCUUGGCGGAAGCUGUUGAAGACCUGGCCCGGGAUUGUGCAACAUUGCCCGAGUGGGUAGACCGAGACUUCGAGCAGGAGUACACCGCGGAGGAGGAGGAGGAGGACUAUUCCUGGGCGUUCGGCCCUGCCGUUGCCGAGGCUUGCGCCGCUGCAGCUGCUGCUGUCGCAGGGCUAGCCGAGCCCGGCUUGAUCGAUGACGCUCCGGAGCUCGCAAUGACAGCGCUGGAAGCUUUUGCUUUGGACUUAGACUGCCUGACGCCGUACAUCUAUGCUGGUCUGUGCCGCACGGAGAAGCUGCGGAUGCACACGCCUGAAGGGCGUCGAGCGGCAGACGCCCGGGAUCGUCGAGUGGGAAGGUCGCUACAGGCCGUUGCCUCGUGGAUGAUCGCGGCGCUCGGCAGGAACGUGGGCUAUGAAAACUUGACGCCUCUGGUCCUCUGGGACCUCGCAGGCGGAGAUGCCUUGUGGGCCUUGGUGCUUGCACGCGGUGCCCUGGCCCUGCCGCAGCACAGCGGCCGUGCCAAGGCUCUCGAAGCUCCAGAGGAGAUUGAGCUCCUCCAUCAGACGGUGGCCCUUGCCGUGCUAGGCUUACACACGGCUGCGGUUGCUUUCGCCACUGAAGAGGGUGCCGAUGGUGAUGGGGCGCCCAACAUUGCAACUCGCAGCGCGCAGCUGGCCAAGCAUCGGGCCACCUUGGCGGCGGAAGUGACCACUUGCCACUUGCUGCCAUCGCUGGUGCAAGCCGCCGAUAAAUUCCUGUUGCAGCCGCAGUUGGCGCAUUUCUUGGCAUCGAUUCUACAGGCCGAGAUCAUUGAGGAGAACCCAGCCUGGGCGCAGAGAGAGGAGGCCGCCCUGGAUGCUGCCCGCGGUGCAGCUGCUUCACUCGCCGAGGUGCUCAGCGACGCGUGGCCGUGCUUCGCACAAGCGCAGGUACUGCCUGGUCCUACAUUGCGCAGUUUUUUGUGUGAUGCCGGGGAUCUCGCUUUCGCAUCCGACGUGGCGCUGGCGACCACUGAAGGCCAAACCUUGGCCUCCAUCGUGCAGCUGCUUGGUUGCUCACUGCAGAGCAUGAAAGCUCCUGACAAGGCCGACCACUUGGAGACGACCUGGGCUGCUUGCGUGGCCCUUGCUGCGAAUGCCUUGAUCCUCCCCGGCGAGACCUCGGCUGCAGACCUCGAAGCUGCCCUCGGCAACACCCAGCAAGCCGAGGUGGCCCAGCAGCUCCGCACCUGGCCUCGGCCACUCCGCACAGCAGCGAAGCAGCGGUGGCUGCAGUUUCUGGAACCCCGUGCCGCGCCGGCACCACUUGCACUGGAGCUGCGUAACCGCGCGGCGCCAGGUUCUGCUGCUGCGCUGCAGAGCGGAGGCUUGCGCCAGAUUCUCCAAGAUGCCCCGCGGGAGCUACGCUGCGCCCUAGAUGGGCGGCUUAUGAUGGAUCCGGUGAGAGCGCCUCUGGGAUUCUUGUACGAACGCAGUGUGCUUGCCGAGUACUUGGUCCGAAGCGGUGGCUUGUGCCCGUUGACUGGAAAUGCCCUUGCCCUGGAGAAUUGCCCUCGUGAUUCUGAGACGCGUCGCAAGGUCCAGCGAUGGAUUCGUGAGCACAAGGCCUCCACGGGAUGCUCUCGGCGCAGGCUGUCAAAGCCCGUGGAGGACACAGAGCCCAACUACAGCACCUUCUUCGGCGAAUGA